AUGGACACCAACCUCGUCUCUCCCAUCACCGACAAGACUGAGACCACUCAGACCGACACUAUCCGCUCCACCAUGGCCGUGAACAAUCUCCUCUCGCCCGUCGACGAUACUCCUGAGGUCACCGCUGCGCCUGUUGUGGUCUCGCCCGUGGUUGCGACGCGCGCAGUUACCCCUCCGUCCACCCCGUCCACCCCGUCCAAGCCUGUCAAGGAAGAAGCUUCAUCACCGCUCAUUGGCUCUCCCGACACGGUCAUGUCUGAACCUAACGAUGUCAAGGAGCCUGUCACUGUCAAGGAGCUUUCUGAAGAAAAUGAUGACGAAUUAUCGGCCGAGGACGUCCCGGACCAUGAACGCGAGUUCAUCUGUAUGAAUGACGAACAUACCCGGUGCAUUACUGGCCAGUAUACCAAGGACUUGUCUCGCAAGGUCAUCUCGGAUCAUUUUGGACGCAACAAGUCUUGUACCCGCGACAUUACGGACUGGCCCCUAUUUUGCCGUAAGCAUUAUCAACGCGCAACCUACAGUAAGCCAAAGUGGCAGCUGCGUAAGGUCCAGCUCAUUCUCCGCCAGUUCGACGUCAUCGAGGAGCAACACCCGGGGACCACCUAUGAUGUUGCCCUCAAGAAGUCGGAGGAGUCUCGUCUCAACCAGUAUUGCCGACAGGUCAACUCUGGUUUGAACACCGCAGACGCCGAGAAGAAUACGGCCCCCGGCAGCGGAAAGCACUUCGAAGCUCCCAUCGAUGUCCUCCGUGAGCUCGACCAGUGGCUCGGUCGCAACAAGUCCUACGAGGAUGCCAAGAAGAUCGUCGAUAUCAUCCUCCAGAUGCUUGAAGGCGAGGAUUGUUCUCAAGUACCCGCAAUUGAAUUCUUGCCCAAGGUUCCCGGCAAGGCCAAGACCCCUAUCAAGGCUCGGACCUCCACCGCGUCUCCCAAGACUCCCAAGACCCCCAAGACCCCCAGCCACAUCUCCUCCAAGGGCGCUGUCAAGAAGACAAACCGCAAGGCUUAAGUAGUGCUCUUGAGAGCGAUCUCACAUAUCAGUAUUUCUACCCACGGCGUUCAGCGAAACUUGAUCGAUCUGGCACACCAUGGCUAUCUUUCCAUCUACACACGCGCUCUUCACCGCAAUAGGUACCACCGCGUAAGGAAGCCUUAGGCGUUGUUAUGACUAUGGUUGAGAGCCGGUCUUGGAGUACAACGGGCGAACGGAUCAUUUAGUUUGUCAUUUUCUGGUUUCUCUCUCUUGCGAUCUCUCUACGAUACCCAUCAUACUCUCUCUCUCUUCAUGGCUUGCAUGGUAGAUAUUGAAGAAUACACAUUAUUUGGAAACACA